AGGAAUAGUGAUAAACUUCGACACUAGAAAGCAGUCAGUACAUUUACGUUCACUGCUGGCGGGGUUUUUGGGGACUUUUGUGCUGCGAUAGGCAGCAUUACACCCCUAGGCCUUUCUGAUGACUCCCAGCCCAGCAGACACGAUGUAACUAAGAUAAAGGGAUAGUGCAUGUGCGAGUGAAGUUGGCCUUCAACCGUGCCUUGUUCUCGGGAGUUUCGGGUCAGCAGUACCUCGGAAGCUACUAUCGUUUACUAAUCGAUAAAACUUGGUGCUAAAUCGAUCGAUCUGGUGCCCAAAGUGUCGCUAGCGUGUGGUGACGCUCUGUGAAAACAACGGAGAAUCCAUAAAUCCGAAGUGAUCAAACCUUUCGCUAAUUCGAAGAUUGAGUCUGAGUUGCAAUAGAGGACGUUCUAGCCAACUAACAUCUAGCCGGUGUCUAGUGCACACGGUCCAAUCGUUCACUAGCAUCCGCGGGAGCAGGUUCGCUGCUAGUGACAUCCCAAUCGUCGUGAGCAUGGGUCAACAGCAGUAAAUCAUUCAACGCUCGCAGGCGUUCGUUGGAUACGCGUACGUCCAGAUAGUGCUGAUGCGUGUUUAUGUGCGUUUAUGUGUUCUGGGUGCGUGUGUCUGUCGCCAUUCGUGUAGAUCCUGCCAGAGGUGCUGACUAGAUAGUGGCAGCAUUAGCGAAGAUCUGGUACCACCACAACACGCCAUCCAACGGAGUGAUAGUAACCCCGCAAGGCGCUGGUGGUUUCGUGUCGCCAGAGCUAGCACUACACUAACCGGGAGUGUGUGUGUGUGUGUGGUGCGUGAGUGUGUCGUGUGUGCGGAGAGGAAGCGCAACGAGCAGUUGCGAGUAGCAAAAGUAAGAUGAAUUAUGUGCAGCACUCCCUACUAGCCGCCAUCUGCCUGCCAGUGCUUGCGAUCUUCCUAUGGCUUCCCGGUUUCGAGUCACACAGUAUUCCUCCCCUUCCGCAAUCGACACCGGCAUACGGUAGCAGCUGGCUGAUACGGCCCGUUGAGACAACCCACCACCGACGAGGGAAUAGCUAUGAUGGUGGUCCCACCGAUGGCCACCAGCAGCAACAGCAGCAGCAGCAGCAGCAGCAUCACCAGCGCCAUCAUGGUGCGCCACUGUUCAUCCCGGAACCGAGCGGAACCAUGGUACCACCGGAUGCGGAUGAACUGACAACCACCGACAUCGAUCGCAGCUAUCGGAAAAUACCGAAGAUCAUAAAACAUCGCCGACACCCGGCGGUACCGCGGCGGAUAAAACCGGGUUGGGGCGGCGGGGGUCAUAGGAAGCGCCGUCUAAACCCGCACCACUACACACCCUUCACCAAGUGGGGACCGUGCGAUUACUAUUGCCACCAGAAGCGGGAACGGUAUUGUAUCGCCAAGCGGAAAUGUGGCAACCAUAUCCAGACCGAGGAACGGAUCUGUCCCAAAAGCAUUUGCGUACCGCUGCACAUUCCACCGAUACCGAUGGUGCAUUUAGAGGAGACGCUCGAGGAAGUGCAUCAUCAUCAUUCGCCCGCGCUACCGUUGAAUCAGUUCACGAUCGUCAACUUCGAUAAGCAGCAAUUGCAGGAGCACAGCAAGAAGAAGAAAAAGAAGAAGAUCAUCAUCCAGGAGGAUGACGAUUGGGAUGAGGCGGACAGUGAGACGGACUACGUGAUACUGAAGAGCCCCACCACCGGUGGUCACAAGUCCGUGGGGCCCUUUCACCGCAAGGAGGAGCUGAUGAUGCUGGGCAACAGCGCAAACCGGGGCAAACCGUUGCUGAUCAAUCUGGACGAUUUCGACGAUAAGCGCAUCCUGCAGCCGAGCGUUUCCCUGGCGCCCCACUUCGACAACGGGUACGAGACGGCCAGCCACAAGUUCGUUAAGUAUCCGCGGAAUCAUCCGGCCCGUCGGCAGCCACCACGGUUGAGCGAUUACUUCGAGGAUUACUAUGAUCAUUUGUACCGCGAUGGGACCGGAUUUUCCAACCGGAAAGGUGAGGACUGGCCAGAAGAUGAUCAGGAAGAGUGGCGACCCAUCACGCCGCCAUCGCCCGUGAAUGGAAGUAGCAGUAACAGUCGGGUACCGUCGACGCACUCACCACCCCACCUAGAUAAGGAUUAUGGAGCUUUAUUCCGGUCAACGACGGAAUCAAGUGCUCCCGUGGAGCGCAACAGGUCCAGCACUAGUGCGCAUCACUACCAGCAGCUACUGGAAUCGUUCUCUACGGCCGCUACCUACGGUUUGGAGAGUGUGCGCCAUGCCAAACGCGAGAUUGAUGGUGGUGAGCAUGGCACGGAAGAGUCUUCCGAAGAGGAACCUGCUGUUUCCGGGAUGCUCAAGUCCGGACCGUUGGAAAGUCAACGACGAUCCAGGGAGAAGGCCGUCUUCGAGAUGCCGCGUAAGGUCGAGAAUCCGUACACCAAGUGGAGCAAAUGGACUAAAUGUACGGCCAAGUGUACGACACGACGAUUAAAACGAUGCCGUGUUCCUUCGU